AUGAAUAACGACCCCAAAUUCCAAGUACAAGUUGAUCCUAAUGAAGAUACAGAAUGGAAUGAUAUAUUAAGACAACAUGGUAUUAUUCCAGAAAAGCCACCAUCUCCAACUGCUGAACUAGAGUCCGCAUUAGAAGAAGCCAUUGUUAAACAAUAUGAUAACAGAUUAGAAAAUAAAGAUUUAGAUGAAUUAAAUGAAUUAGAAGAUGAAGAAGAUGAAGAAUUUCUUAAUCAUUAUAAACAAAAACGAAUGGCAGAAAUUAAAAAACUUUCUGAAAAGAAGAAAUUUGGUCAUGUAUUACCCAUUAGUAAAAAUGAAUAUGAAGAUGAAGUAACAAAAGCUUCCAAAGAAUCAUAUGUAUUAGUUCAUUUAUCAUUACAAUCAAGUUUACAAAGUAGAUUAUUAUCAUCUAUAUUGAUUAAUUUGGCAUCAAAAUUCCCGGAAUUGAAAAUAUGUGAUAUCCCAGCACAAAGAUGUAUAGAAAAUUAUCCUGAAUCAAAUUGUCCAACAUUAAUUAUAUAUCAUGAUACAAAUGUUGUCAAACAAUUUAUUACAUUGACUCAAUUGGGUGGUAAUGCCACUACUUUGAAAGAUAUUGAAACUGCUUUAGCAGAUUUAGAUGUAAUUGGUUUCCAUGAUAAACGAUUGAUUAUUAAUAAUGAAGAUGAAGAUGAAGAUUUAAAAGAAGCAAAGAAAUUAAGAUUUGCAAAGAAAUCUAUAAGAGAUGGAAGGAGGAGGAAUAGUGAGGAUGAUGAAGAUGAAGAUGAAGAUGAAGAUGAUUUUUACGAUUAA